AUGACCAUUUCUAUUGCAGAAAUUUCGUCUUCGCUUGUUCGGGAAUAUUUGAGUCGCAAGGGGCUGAAGAAGACUAUCGUGUGCAUGGAUGAAGAGCAUCCCCGUACAGAGGCCAGUGUCAACAACAGAUCACAACUGAGGCAGAUGCUCAACUUGGAGGCUCUAUACAGAAAGAGUAAAGUAAAUGUUGAGAAUUCCCAGUUCAAAACACUCCUUGAGAUUAUUGUUAAACACUUGAUUGACGGUACAACAAAUGAACUGGAUGCACGUUCUUUACAUUUUAACACUGACGAUGGCAUGGCGUUAAGGUCACAAGUAGAAGUACCCAAAACAUCCCAUACUACUUUAUUGUUUCCAGAAAAAACACAGAGCUUUGCUCAUCACAAAAGCAGUCUCACUGCUCAUGACCAAAAUGGACAGGGAACUGAUGUCGACCUGAAGAUCCCCGUUACUGAGAGCAAAAAAAGAAAUAAGGCGAGUCGGCCAAGGCGCGGCAUGAUGACAGGACCCGUAGCCAGCACACCUGAGGAAUCAAUCAAGAAAAGGCAAAUAAGAAAGGCAGAAUAUAAUCAGCCUCUGCCCCAUAAUGAGAGGGAAAAGGAUGACGAGGAUUGCUUAUUGCAAACUGUUCAGUCUUCUUUAUACAAAGACCAUUACGAAUUCGCUCAAGGGAGUUCUGCGGAGCAGCUGACCUCACAAAUGGAGAAAAGAGUCCAGUCCAGUUUGAAUGUGUCAAAUGUUAAUGUAUCAGAAAUGGUACUGGAUGACAUUGACGAUGAGGAGAUGCAAAGCCUUCCCAGAAUGUUUUUUAAUAAAACCAUCACAAGACAGAGUUGGACAGGCUGUCCAAUGGAUCAGCAGACGGCCACGGAAUUAAAAGUGGUUCUUCUUGGCUCCAGCUUAAAUUGUUUCAGUGUUGAGUGGAGGAAUCAGGGUUUCACAUUCUCUGAAAUACAUGAUCUUCGAUAUGGAAUUGUGCAAACAAAGGGUGGUCCUUGUGGAGUUCUGGCCUCAGUGCAAGGAUUUGUUAUGAAAAAAAUGCUGUUUGAAGACUCUGACGGCAGCAAUUGCUUCAACAAAUUAAGGCCGUCCAACUCCACCAGAAGAAAAUGUUUAGUUCUUGCCAUAGCAGAAAUCCUUUGGAGAGCAGGGGAAGAAAAACAAGUCAUAGUAGCAAUGAAUUCAGGAUCAAAACAUUUCAUACCCGCAGGAAAGUAUAAAUCUGACGGAGUACUUGAAAGUAUUUUGCUUUUCACUUUGGAUAACCAAAAAGCCUUGGAGCAAUUUCUCGACCAGCAUAUUGAACAGUUUGAGUCCACGGUGAUGGGAUGUUUGCUCUUGGUCGUAUCAGCGGUUCUCUCUCGCUCUAUUGACAAGUUGAGAGAGGACAUGGACGUGCCCACCACCACACUCAUCGGAGCCCACGGUUACUGCACACAGGAACUUGUCAACCUGUUGCUGUGUGGCCAAGCCGUCUCCAACGUGUUUGACAACGACAUGGAGCUGGACUCUGGAAAUAGUAACUUAAUGCUGUUGAAAGGAAUCAAGUAUAACAGUGACAUUGGUCUUCUCUCUCUGUUUGAGCACUACAACAUCUGCAAAGUUGGAAACUUCUUGAAGACUCCCCGCUUCCCCAUAUGGGUGGUCUGCAGCGAGAGUCAUUUCAGUGUUUUGUUUGGGCUGCAGAGGGAGCUGUUGACCAGUCACCUGAAGGAGUUUGACCUCUAUUACUAUGAUGGCUUGUCAAAUCAGCAGGAGGAGAUCCGCCUCAGUGUGUGUGUUGACAGAUCGGCCCCCUGUUCGGACGAAGCCUCAGAACUCAUUCCGCCUCUGGAGCUCUGCAUCCGCACCAGGUGGAAAGAUGCUGCAGUCAACUGGAACGACACAGAACCCAUUCUUUAG